AUGAAGUGCAACGCCACCGCUACUACCGCCGCCACUACCACCACCACCACCGGCGCCGCCAACAUUCUCAAGCGGACUCUCCGAGACCACAACUCCAGUGGCACAAUGAGAUACCGCGGAGUUCGGCGCAGGCCAUGGGGCCGUUACGCCGCCGAGAUUCGAGACCCUCAGUCCAAAGAAAGAAGAUGGCUGGGGACGUUCGACACCGCUGAGGAAGCCGCACGUGCCUACGACUGCGCCGCACGCUCCAUGCGUGGACUGAAGGCUCGCACCAAUUUCGUUUACCCUUCUUCGCCGCCGCCGCCGCCUCACUCCCUGUCCGAUUAUCCAAUCCCUCACUUCAAUUUAGCUAAACAAUCCCACCCCUCUCUGCCCCGUCACCUGGGUCUGAACUCCUCCAAUUGGCCCAUUUUUUGCACUCCUAAUCGUGGGUCCGACUUUGUGUGGUCCGGUUCACACAAGAUUAACACCGCUUCUCCCACUCUGGACAUGCUUCUCCUUCGCGAUUUCCUCAACUUCCCUUCGUCCAAUUGUAGCCUGAACCCAGGUUCCAUUAACAAUACCACUCCAGUAAUUUCCAAGUCUUUGGGUGACCCCCUUCACCAAAACUACUCCAGCUCCGAGUUUGUCCCCAAGGAGGACUCCCCGGAUUCGGGGUUGUUAGAGGAGAUAAUUCACGGCUUCUUCCCCAAAUCCCAUUCCAAUUCUUCCACUCCCACCACUAAUUUCAACUCCGACUUGCCCUUUGAUGCCUUAAAAAAUGACAAUAACGCCGCUAACAAUCUGGAGCAUUUGGAUAACUUGGAUUACCCGGAUUCUAUUCACCACAUCCUGGACAACUUCAACGCACCUCAGCUUGGGCUGCCUCAUGGGCAUCCUCAGAAUUUGAUUCUGGAUGAUAUUUUCCACUGCCCGGAACUCUUAAAUCUACCUGCACCAGAACUCGAAAACGCUUGACCUCAUCGCAACAUUGAACCUUAACGUCGUUGGCAGCUUUUCCACAUUAUUAUUAUUAUUUUCCUUUCUUACCUAGCUUCGUCUCAUUUCUGUAAUGCUGCCUAUAAUUUGUUUUCAUCAGUAUAAAAAUGAAUAAACUAAUUUCCU